AUGGAUCCGAUUCUUCAAAAUGAUACAAACAGAGUGGAAUCCAUGACAUCACCCGUUGAACUACCAACCCAGCGUUUAAUGGAUUUACAAUCUACGCCGUUUAAUCGUCACGAUGUGUGUGUCCUCUGGUUAGAUCCAAAAAUAGAUUCGACUAAUGAACGCACACAGAAAUUUCUCAAUCAACUUUGUGAUCGCGUAGAAAUACACAAUGACAUCGGAAGGUUUUUGGAAAUAAUUCGUUACCGUCGAGAGACAAGUCUUUUGAUAAUAUCUGGCAAAUUUGCAGCACAAUAUCUCGACUUAAUCCAUUCUUUCUCUGCAAUCGAUGCUGUCAUUAUUUUUUGUGCUUCUCCUGAAAAAUAUCAAGAUUUAACCCAGGGAGCGUACGUUAAAGUCUUAUCUUGCAUUGCAACUGAACCUGAACUCAUCCAAUCGGUCCAUUCUUGGAUCAAUUUAAAGUGUCAAACACAUUUAUAUAUAUGGGAUAACCAGGUGACCGACACUGAGUAUCGGUUAACUCAGCAAAGAGCUAUUUUUCUUGCUAAUUAUAUUCUAAUGUCAACGGUUUAUUUGGAUGCAUAUACAAACUAUAAACAGAAUAUGUUAAAUGUCAGUCGCGCAUAUUAUGGUCAACGGCAAUGCGAAUUAGAACAUAUUUUACAAUUCGAAUUAACUUACACCGAAACAGACGCGAUUAAGUGGUACACUCGUGAUUCAUUUGUCCAUAAAUUAGUGAAUCGUACACUGAGAUCGUUUGAUCAAAAUAAUCUCCAUGCGAUUGCUUUUUAUAUCCGAGAUUUAAUAAAACAAAUAUCACAGAUACAUUCAACGACUGAUACUAAGAACUUUCAGCCAGUCUAUCAUGGAUUGGCGAUGACACAGAAUGAUAUCAAUCGCAUCGAGGUAAUACCAACAGGAUCUUUAUUGUCAUCAAACGGGUUUCUAUCGACAAGCCGAAGUCAAGAUGUUGCUAUAGCUUUUGCAAGUAAAAAACAGAACAGUGUCCGUCAACCGUUGCAUCGAGUUCUAUUCGAAAUCAAUCUGAAUGUCACUAAAUCGCCAGUCGUCUUCGCUGAUAUCAGCCAUUUGAGCACAUUUCCCGAAGAAGGCGAAGUCCUGUUUAGCACGGGAGCAGUUUUCUCUCUUCAAAACAUUACACAAGACGAGCAGACAAAAAUGUAUACAAUCUGUUUGAACAUUGCCACACAAGAUGAGUAUAAUUCGAUUGAGAAAUUUGUCGCAUCAGCGAAAGAGCAACUUAAUGAACGAACUAAUACUUUUGGACAGAAAUCUCUCAUCGGUAAGUUAUUAAACUUUCAAACCCAACCAUCAAGUCCACUGAAAACACACGGCGAUGCUUCAUACAAAUUCUCCAUAUUCGGUUCCUCGUUUAAUCAUAUCUGGUACGGAACUUAUGACAAAUAUAACGAUAUUUUAGAACCCUACAUUCAAAAGAUUGCAAGUCUGGCCAAGAAAUAUAUAUUCGAGAAUACAGAUAAAGUUAAAAAACAUACCGGUAAAAAAGCCAUCAAACACUCAACAUCUUACGAACCAUCAUUAGCAAGAUUCGAACCUGUGCUUUACUUUUCUUUACCUGAUGAGUUGAUACAACAAGAGCAAGAGAAUUUUUCUCGAAUAUUUUCAUUGCAAUAUCGUCGAUUUACAAACACAUGUCUCACCGUAGCACAGGCCAGUGCCCUUCUGGAUGAAUUCUAUUUGAUAUAUUACAUCGCAUCUGACUUACCUGAAUAUAUUAAAGAUUGUCCACGGGUGAAAUUCUACAAAUUCGAUCCGUCUGAAGACAAUCAGAUUUCCAAUCAGAAAGUCAAAUUGUUUGAACGAUUAAUUAGUGAUAUGCUUCAUGAUCUGGGCAUGUUCUAUCCGAAGCAAAUAAAAACGUUUCCCGAUGAUGUACAAUACCAAACUAUAAUACGAAGAUUACACAUGAAGACAGCAAGGUGUUACCAAGCAUUGGCCGACGAGACUGAAAAAAUAAUUCAACGCUACAACCGGGAAGAAGAAGAAGAAAAGAAAAAACGAAUAACAAUCGAUGACUGA